AUGGAGGACGGAGCGGCGUACGGCCAUCCAGCAGCAGCAGCAGCAGCAACGCCGCACCACAUGCAACCCCACCAUCACCAUCAGCUGCCGAAGGACCUGUCGCACCAUUACCAACCGCACCAUCGCACCAGUGCCGCACCGCAGGCCUCCCAUCAUGCCAAGCCGGGACACCACCAACCGCAACAGCAGCCGCCGCCGACGACGGCACCGGCACCGGGGCCUCCACUACAGAGCUCCCCUUCGUGGUACCCGGGGACGACCGGGGGGACGCUCCGUUCGGCGGCCGGGUCCGGUCGGCGGGCGUCCUACAGUCACAGCCACUACCAGCCGGCCAGCGCACUGUCCUUGCCACCGCCGUCGGCAACCCACUACCAGCAGGUUGAUGUGGCCGAUAAUCUUUCCAUCGGCAGUGGCCAUUCGGUCUCUGCCGUUCGGCCGCAUCAUCAACACCGGUCACCGGCCGUCGGAAGCGAGGGUCGAGUGGGGGGCAACAGUUCCGCCGCCGCCGCCGCCGGGGUGUUGAUCGAUCGGAGCGGAAGUACGGAUCGUUUCGGGGCGCUCGAGGACCCACUCAGCACCAGCUGCUUGCAGCCACCAUCGCCGGCGCCCAGCAACGAUCACUACAGCGUGAUGGGACUCCCGGCCCCGGGCCCCCAGUCGGGUCCCACCCACCACGGCCACUACUCCGAUCGGCACUACGGCACCAUCCAGCGCCGUACCGCAAGCCCCUCGAACAUCAGAUACCGCCACAGCUUGACGGACAGCUAUCGGGACAUGUCGCCGCAGUGCGAUCGGUACAUACCGCCGCCGGCUCACUUCCUGGCCGCCGCCGACACGUACGGGUAUCUGGGGGCGAACGUGCACACCCCGAUCAAGCGCUACGUGCCGACGCCGCCACCCCAGGAACCGACCUACCACCCGUCGGGGGCCGGUGUUUCGUCGAGCGCCAAAACGCAGGCCCUCAUGAGCGCGCUGCUCGGGCACGGCGGCGCCGGGGCUCCCGGGGCGAUGCGCGCGGCACCCCACCAUCCGGCGCAGUACGCGUACGCCACCAGCACCCUGCCGUACGGGUUCCGGGUGAAGGGGAACAGUGCCAACAACGAGCCCACCACCACCAUAUCGCCUCCCAAGGGCUUCGAAUCGCCCGACCCGUACGCCAGCAACGGUAGCACCGCACCGCCGCCAGCCCGUGUUCGACCCCCCAAGUGCCCGUCUUCCCUCGUGGCCGCUGCCCACACGUCGACCCUUCCACAUGCGGCAUCGCACGGGGCGCGGAGCAGCAGCACCAGCCGCCACCCGCAGGUCGGAAUGGCACCGGCCGCGGCACCCACUGGCCCCCGGCACAUGUCGCGCACCUCGAGCGCCGAAUUCCUGGACCAACCGCGCACCAUGUACCGCGUCUCGACCCCGGUCAGUGUGAUGAGCGAACCGGGCGGAGCGGGGCGCGACGCCAGUGCGUCCUGUCUGCACUGCAACACGCUGCGGCGCACGACCGGAGUGCACCAGACGACGCAAACGACGGGACCGAUCAGCCCGCAGCCGGUGGCCGCUCCCGAGUUGCCAGCCAGCGGCGGCGGAUCGGUACCGAUCAGUCCGGCAUCCCUAACCUCACCACAACAACAACACACGGGCCAGCUGUCAAUCCAGCAGCAGCAGCACCAACUGUCAUCGCCGUACAUUGCGUCACAACACCCCGUGCACCAGCUGCAGCACUCCCAAUCGCACACGCUCCCGCCGAGUGUGGCCACGGCCCACUCCUCUUCCCACUCCCAGACGUACGACAACCUGCACGACGGUGCCCAGCUGGCGGAUGGGUCCGCCGUUGACCGUGACAGCGCCACGAUGCCCCGGAACCCGGUCGGCAAACACCAGCCGUUCGUCGGAGCGGGCCGCUCCACGGAUACACCCUCGUCGAUGGAGAGUAUCCUCAGUGCGUCGAGCAGCAGCCGCACGAUGCUGAUCCAGCAACAGCAGCAACCGCAGUACAGCAACCUCACACAGCACCAACCAUCGUCACCAGCACCGCCAGCACCAGCACCACCACCACAACAACAACCGUUACCACCGCAACAACCGAUCGCAGCACCCACAGCACAGCAAUCAGUACCACCGCAGCAAGCCCCCGUUACCAGCCCCCAGCAGCACCCGGCGACCGAACCGCAGCAGGCGGCGGCGGUGCCACAGCAACCAGCUUCGCCACCGCCACCAGCGAUCUCCGCGGUGCCCUCGCCGGCUCCGUACGUCGCGCCGCACCCGCUGCCCCCGAUGGUGCCCCAUCCGGCGUCGCUGAACGAUUCGCCGGCGUCGACGCUGCAGCGCAGCAGCAACGCGCAGCUCCUGCGCAUCCCUGCGCAGUCGAACCUGUCGUGCAAGCAGCGCCUCAAGGAGUACGCCCGCCGGGAGGCGGCCAAAUUCUUCGGCAUCCUGCCGGCGGCCGCCGACGAAGAGUACGAGCGGAACAAGUGGCACGACCGACAGCGGCGUUUCGCCUGCCGGCGCUUCGGUGCGCUCCGGGACGACGCGGACGAUCCGAACGGUGGUGGCGGCGGCGGCGUUGGUGCCGGUGGUGCCGCUCACCAUCCGCAGCGGGACCAUGGUGGAGCGAACCACGGGGCCGGAUCGCUGGCACCGUCCGAUCGACCCGACAUCCUGCCGGCCCAGAGCCAGGACGAGCGCGAGACCGAGCUGAGCCGUCGGCAGCGUGCCAGCCCGCACUUUGCGUCGGGCGGGCACGAUCCGGCCGGAGGCGAGGUGUAUCUGGUGCGGGCCGAGCGGAAACCUUCCGUACCGGCCGUCCUGUACGGGGGAUUAAGCUUCGUCGUGCAGAGCAUCACCCGGCGACGGCUCCGGACACACAAGCAGUGGUCGCGCAGCUUUGCACCGGCUCACGUCGAGCUGAGUGGGGCCGAUGGUCCUUCGGAGCACUGUGACGGGCUUGCCCCGAUAGCGGACGGUGAGGCGUUCUUCGAUACGCCCACCGCGGCCGGCCCGGGAAUGGUGGGGUCGGCGAUGGGUGGUGGCGCCGGUGGACUGAUGGCACCGGCGCACGAUAACAACUCCCGGCAGCUGUUUGUGUCCGAGGGCGAUCGGACAACCGGUAGUGGCAUCAUCAACGGGUGGCGUACCAAGUCCUCGGAACUACACCACCACCACCACCAGCAGCAGCAUCAGCAGCAGCAAGCCGGCGCCCAGGCUGCGGGUCAGGGUCAGCAGCAGAACCUGGAACCGGCCGCCAGCAUGGUGUACGGGCAGCGCAUCUCGGCCAACAUUCUGGACGGGGUGCUGGACAAUUCGCUGCGCCCGGUGCGCAACCGGGUGAAGUUGUUGCGGCCGAACCUGCUCGACGAGCGGUACGACUACCGGCCGUUCUUCACGUACUGGGUCAACACGGUGCAGAUCGUGGUGAUGGUGCUGUCGCUGAUCUGCUACGGGUUCGGUCCGAUCGGCAUCGGCAUGGAGUACCGGUCGGCCCAGGUGCUGGUGACGAGUUUGAGCUUACAGCAGGUCCAUCACCAGGAGCCACGCAACAUCUGGAUCGGACUGCGGAGCGCCGACCUGAUACAUCUCGGCGCCAAGUACGGGGCUUGCAUGCGCCGCGAUGCCAAGAUAAUGGACGUGGUGUCACGGACCCGGAAGCACGAGCGGGAGACCGCGUGCUGCAUACGGAACGAUGACUCUGGCUGCGUGCAGAGCUCCCAGGCGGACUGCUCGAUCCGCGGUUGGCCAUCGAAGACGAUUGCGACGUGGAAAAAGUGGUCCCCGGGUGAAUCGGGACCGGGCGGGCGCAUCUCGGGCAGCGUGUGCGGGCUCGACCCGAAGUACUGCGAUGCGCCGGCAUCGAUCGCGCCGCACGAGUGGCCCGACGACAUCACCAAGUGGCCGAUCUGCCGGAAGAACAAUCAGCUGUCGCAGCGCUUCCGCUUCAAGGACCACACGGCCGAGCACAUGGUGUGCGAGGUGAUCGGCCACCCGUGCUGUAUCGGCGUGUACGGCGAGUGUCGGAUCACGACCCGAGAAUACUGUGAUUUCGUCAACGGGUACUUUCACGAGGAGGCCUCUCUCUGCUCGCAGGUCUCGUGUUUGAAUGAUGUCUGCGGCAUGUUUCACUUUAUGGCCGCCGACUAUCCGGACCAGUUCUACCGUCUCUUCACGUCGCUGUGUUUGCAUGCCGGCCUGAUCCAUCUGCUGGUCAGCGUGGCCUUCCAGCACGUGCUGCUGGCCGAUCUGGAACGGUUGGUCGGACCGCUUCGGACCGCCAUCCUUUACAUUGGGUCGGGUAUCGCCGGAAACCUCACGAGUGCAAUCUUUGUGCCGUACAAGGCGGAGGUUGGACCACUGCCGUCGAUAGCGGGCGUACUGGCGUCGCUAAUGCUGCAGCUGGUGCUGUGCCACUGGAAGAGCUUGAAAAAACCACACAUAGCUAUGAUUAAAUUACUAAUUCUGGGCUGCGCCCUGUUCGGGCUGGGGACACUGCCACUGCAGCAGAACUUUACCGGGCUGAUCGCGGGCCUGCUGACCGGUAUCGGCCUCACGCUGGCGAUCGUACCGUUCGUGAACGUCACAAAACAUAGUCGUAAGAGUAAGAUCAACCUCAUAUGGACGUGCGUGACGCUGCAGUUCCUGCUGUACGCCGUAAUGUUCAUCAUCUUCUACGCCUUCCCGGCGCUGUUCGAAUCGCUUAACUUCAUCGACGGGAACCAGCUGAUGGAUCCGAACGCGGGCCACGGUUACCACGACCACUACAGUCUGUACGAUGGCUACAACAACUACAACCCGCUCGGGCCCGGCUCCGGGCACACCGGCGGGGGUCAUGGGGCUGGUCACGGCCAUGGGGCUGGCGGCGGUGGCCCAGGAGGUAGCCCUACGGGCGGCCCGGGCAACAAUGGCAAAAUCGGCACGUACAACAAUAACAACAUCUACAAAACUUCCGGCGGCAACGUAAUGCACAAUCAUCACGACUACACGGCCGGUGGCGGAAACGUUAUCAGCAUGUCGGGCGGGGCGACCCGGAACAGUGGGCCGGGCGGCCGGACCGCGGUGGGCAACAAUCUCCUGAAGACGAUCAGUCUCUGCGAGAAGGGCCAGUGCGUGCUGCGGCAACCGCGGCACGCGGACACGAAUGCCUGA